CCCAUUCUCAGUGGUAGACUGUGCAAGAAGUUUUGCACAGUCUACCACUUGGCACUUUUUUUUUCGGCACUAGAGGCCUUAAUUUUGAUAGUAGUCAGACAGUAAGAAGGGGCAAAGAGAGGGGGAGACACUCGGCAAAGGUCGCCAGGUCCGGGACUCAAACCCGGACUUUCUUUCCUCGGCCGCUUCGAGGAGUAAAGCCUCUAUAUGUGGUCGCCCGCUAACCCACCAGCGCCGCGCCCACUUUGCACUUCUGAUGAUUUUUUUGUUUCUAGAUAUGCAGGUCUGCCUUUUGAAGACCUUUUGACAAGGAUAUUUAUGCCUUGUGACGUUUUGGCCAAUUUACAGAAGAGAAAAGCAUGACACCAAACUUUUUUUUCUCCUACAGAGAAAGUCUUGUACAUGUUUAAACCUCCCGCUGAUGUUUUCACCCACGGUAACUGACAUCACGCUGUCAUCACAUGAGACUCAUUCAUAAACCCAUAAACAGUCUCAAUGCGGUGUGACCCUGCAAAGAUCCUCUGUUUAUUGGAGGCGUCAAAGUUCAAACUUCUCUCCAGCGCCUGUGGCUAAUGUGCAGAGACAGCUUCAGCAGCACCUUUCAGUCUGUCACAGCUGGAGUGUUAGGCGUGAUGUCAUUAAAUUACCCAUCAGCCUCAUCACUGAUGCCACAUAACAAGCUGGUUGACUUAAUAUAUGUGUUUUGACGCCUAGGAGGAAACAUUGAUCCAACGCUUUUACAAGCUACAGCCUGCAGAACCAUAAUUCAAGCUUCAACAAUGUCUCUAAAGGUUACUCUGCUUGUGGCAUUGGUUUCUCAGUGCUGGUCUGCUCCAUAUAGGAGAAACUGGACUCCUCAAGCAAUGUUAUACCUCAAAGGAGCACAGGGACAGCACUCAACCUUGGAGCGCCGCAGCAGAGAAGAGGACGCUUACCAUAUAGUGAAUUUUAAUCAGAUCAGUGAUGGGCCGGGAUUGUCUUCAGUUUCAGUCAUCCUGUUGCAGCUCCUGCAACGAGCUGCAGAAGAAGGUGGUGGCAGACCCAAUAAUUACCAGGACUGGAGUUUAAAAAAUCUAUAAUUGUUUUUCCAGAUCAAACUGUGGUAUUUGUUGGAUUUUUCAACUCUAAAAUGUACUAUUGUUGGUGUGAAUAGUUAUUCUGCAGUAAAGGACUCUUAAACUUCA